CUCUUCUGUUGUAAGGACCACACAUCACCUCAUCCAACUGGCUAGCAUUGCUUGGCAUCUCUGAAUACCAUCGGUUGGUAUUGUUUAUAAUGUGCCUGAAUGGACAAUACCCAAUAUAGUAGUCACCUUCUCUCUCUGAGGAAGUUGCACAGUGACCGUUGUCAAUCUCCACCUGGUUGCCAUCAAUGCUGCAGUGUAGGCCAAAUUCACACUCACACUUUCCUGUGGCAUUGUUGUAGUAGUGCCAGGUGUGGCAACUGGUGGCCAACUGGAUAUUUGCUGCAAGAGUACAGAGAAAGCAGCACCAAGUUCCCCAAGCCAUUGCUAUUGUGG